AUGAAUCCAUACAAUCAGCAGCCAUACGGGUUUCCACAACAGACCCCCGGCCCGCCACAACCACAGUGGCAAGCACCUCCUCGACGACAAGGAUGGGGUGACCCCAGACUUCCAGGACAGCCACAACAACAACCGCAAUCCCCUAUAUCUCCCUAUCAUACCGUCGCUGUACCCGCGUCGAACGCAUUCGGACCCCCUCUCCCUCCGCCUCCUCCGCCACCGUCCCAAUACCCUCCACCGCCGCAGUUUGAUACACAUCAAUGGGGAGUCAGAUAUAACCAAACAUUGGGUGGUCAAAAUCAGAAUCAAUCUCAGGAACCCAAACCUGCUUUGCCGCCGCGUCCUUCCUCUGUCCUUGGAAGAGUGAGCCCGCAGCCUCACCAGACAGCCUCAUUGCAGCACCCGGCACCGGCACCUUCGCAACAGCAGUAUCCUACAUCGUGGAACGAUCCCUACCACACGAGCUCGACAGUACCCCCUCCUCCACCUCCCCGACCCGCUGAGUAUCAGGCUCAGAUACAGGCUACACAGCAUAACCGGACCGGGACUCCCCAUCAGGAAUACUCGUUUCAACCUCCCUCACAUCACUACGAUCCUCCCACAACACAGCAGAAUGCAUGGAACACGCAGCAUGGACAGUCAACGGGACAACCAUAUCAUUCAACGCCGCCUCCUCCACCGCAGACGUCGGCCGUGUUGGAUGGUCCAUUGGUGUCGCCAAUAGAACCUACAAGUGGUUAUUGGAGUACUGGUCAUCAGCCGCAUUCAAGUACAAGCCAGGCUCCCAGUCACUACAAUCCUGCUGCUGGAAUCCAGCCUCCAGACUUCAAGCCUGCUUUUUCUCAGGCAUUAGCUUUCGGUGGGCCAUCUGAUUGGGAACAUUACGAUCCCAAUGCACCUCCUCCGGAGCAAACACCUACGAGCCCUCCAUCAAAUCCUCUAUAUCAAGGCCCCAUUUCUCCUCCACAGAUACACGCAAACCUACCUGCUCCUCACCAGACUCCAAAGCCUGAGCCUGCUCUCCCGACCCAUGCCGUUGAGAUUGGCGUUGCCAGUCCGGUGACGCCCCGAAGGGACUCGCGGACUCAGCCGCCUCCGGUAGUAGACAGCAUUCCAUCCCCACCUUCGCGACCUGUUGACGAAGGGCCUCCGUCCGCUGGCGAAUACAGCGGCAAUGUUUCGGCGCGUUCUGACAGCCUCAAUGACGCAGGCAAUAUCGACAGGGUGAUUCAAGCCUGGAAUGCUCCACUGAACGUGCGCUCUGCUCAUGACUCGACACCGAGACCCGAAUCUCGUGCGUCUGCUCCACGGGUCACAUCUCCGGACCCAGGUCUAUCUCCAGUCAGCGUCAAGGUGGUCGAUCCCUACGCCGAUCUAGAGCCGGAGUUCAAAGCCUCGCUGAAGAGGUAUGCAGCGAUGCUGCGAAGGGAGGCAGAAGCUGAGCAUGAUGACGAGAAAUUCGAAAUAUUCCAGAGCUUCGUCACCAAGGAGCUGAGGUUGAGGAGCCUGCUUUACGGGGUUGAACUGAAGAAGGAAGCAGCCAAGGAGGUUAAGAAGGCGGCCAGUCUGGCAGACAUCCAGGCUCUUCUGCCCAACGCCGCCUUUCCUUCUAAUGAAACGAGCAGAGAUCCUGGUCGAAGCAAUCAGCCAGUCGAGAACCCGUCUGGGUCACUGGCAGCAACGUCGCAAGGCCAGCAACCACACACGCAGCCGUCGAUCAGUACAGUCCCAGAAGUCACCCCAACGAAUGUUGUGCAGAAAGAACAACCACAGCUCGACAUUCCUCGACCUGCAGACACCGUGUCUUCUACCCCAGAGUCGUCAGCUAAACCAACUCAGCAAGACCGCCCGAAGUCGAAAGAUGGCCCUCGUGUUAUUAUACCAGUGUCAAGCCAAGAGGAAGCCUAUAGUCCUGGAGGACGGCCGGUGAUGAAAAGCAUUGAAGGUGGCAGUGAGGAGGAAAGCUACAGCCCCGGGGGCCGCCCACUUGUGACGAAACCUGCAGACGGCGACGGAGAAGCCUACAGCCCUGGUGGUCGUCCCAUCGCCGGCAAAGCUAAUACGACUUCAUCAAUGAAGCCUCCCCCAAUCAGCACGACUAUCCAACAAGAGCGACACCAACCAUCAAUGAGUAUGUUAUCGCCCAGCAACGAUGCCCCGAUGGUUAUUGAAGACUAUGCAACCCCUGAACCACCUUCCCCAAGCAUGAACGCUCCAAUGGUCGUGACCACCGAAGCUUCACAUGGCCAAGCCUCACCGGGACGACCUGCCCAGGGGAAUAGUGACAAGCCAGUCGUGCCUAUAAAAUUCGAACCUCCUCGCCCCGCAUACACGCCAUUUCGCUACAAUACUGGUGUCCAGGAAGAGAAGAGCAAGACACUACAACCAGCAGAUCAAGCGUAUUCCUCGUUGCGAAAUUCGGUAGCCGACUCAGGCCGCUUGAUGGUUCAAGAUACGGCACUGUUAGCGCCUGCUAGACCGUCCUCCUCCGGCGGAAAAAAGGAACACGAAGAGGCAUUCAUUGGCUUGAUCAGAAAACAGAGUAUGGCUGUAAGGCAAAAGACCCCUGGACCGGGAUCUGUGCCUGCGGCUAUCAGGCCUGGCAGCGAACCCAAAUUCAAUGCCUCUUCUAGGCCUGAGCCUCCUCUCGUCAUGCGUGUUGGGACUCCUGCUACAGCAUCGAUGAGAGUAGAGCGGGCACCAGUGGAUCCUCUCAAAGCAGCUGUGACUGCACUGCGUUCCCUGUUACCGCCCGUGGCCGACAUAUUUUCGCCUAUAGAGGCCAAUCCUGAGCAUCCCAAACUCAAACUCAUAAAGUCCAAAAUCGACUCCAUCCCUGACGCUUUCUCCUUCAUCCAUGACGCAGUGGUGGAAUGGGAUCGCACCAACCGACUUGUCCGUAAGGAACAAGAAGUUGAACGACAGGCCCGCCAAGAAGAGUCCGAAGGACACAUUGACGCUCUGUUCAACGACAAUGAGAUCGGCUAUGCAGAUAUUGGGGAGCUAGAGGCGGAAUUCAAGCUCAAGGAGGCUGAGAGGAGGUUCGCCGAGGAUCAAGCAGAACUGGAAAGCUUUACGAGCCAGGUCUUUGUGGUUGUGACGGAGAAGCUGCAGAAAGAAAUCACCGAGUUGAUGACGGCGUAUACGAUGGCAAUUGACUUGCUCGAUAUUGACAGUUUGGCCGUGUCUCGCUGCUUCAAAGCCAAUGAUAGGAGCAGUGCCGUGAGGAUGACCGAAGUCAUGUCGUACGUCCUGACCUUGUUCAACAAAAUCGAGGUCCGACACACCAAAUUGGCCGAGGCGCAUGUGGAGCGCGAGAGGCGUCGCAAACGCCUCGAACUCACCGUGCUAUACGCGAAUGGUGACGUACAAGGCGUGAAGAAACUUGAGAAAGAAUUUGCAGUGGCCGAGAAGAUGGCAGUUCUGCACGAAGCACGGAGCCGCGACACAAGGGCGAACAAGCUGAUGGAUUCAUUCGAUCGUGCCACAGUCCGCGGACUGGGCGAUAACCAGGUCUUCACCGAUGAGGUCUUUGACAGGCUUCAAGAGGUCAAGAAGGCACUCGACGCCGGAGCACUUCAGAACGAGAAAGAGAGGUUGUACGAACCUGAAGGCGCAAGAGAAACACUCUCCCUCGCUCAGAACGCUCUGGACACGGUCAUGAGCGAUUCCCGGCGGUUACUCGCGCUUUCCAACGAAGCAGAUGUGUUGCUCAACGACGCUGACUACAAUGUGUCGGUUGCGGAAGCGCGGGUAGCCAAUGCAGACAAGCCCACAUAUGCGAACCUGGAAAGCGAGAAAGCCAAGGAGGACACAAAGUUGAUUGAAGACAUGAAUGUGCGGAUCAGCAGUGUCACCAAAGGGCCACAGGAGGGCAUCUCAUUGAUCCGCGAGUUGAUUGACCGGAUUGGAGACGAUCCGGCGCACCAGGAAAGGAUCAAGAAGGCGCUCGAGGCCGCAAAGAUGAGGAAUGCCAACGGGGCGGCGAAUGAAGGUGGAUGA